UUGAAGCAAACCAAGCAUGGAUUCGAAAAAUUUCUAUGAAGAAUGACCUUCACAUCAAAGAACCUUCAUCUAAAGAAUGUCUUGAUGAUGAUUAUCUACACUCACAGUUAAUUGAAAAACUGAUUCAAGAAUAUUGCCCUCAAGACGUUUUCUCUGCCAGUGCAACGGGUCUGUUCUUUAAAUGCUUGCCGAACAAAAUAAAGGAGUUUAAAGAGAAAACAUGUUCAGACGGCUCAUUGGCGGAGCAACGAUUAACUAUUGGAUUAACGACCAACAUGGAUGGCUCCCAGAAACUCCCUCUGCUGGUGAUUGGAACUGAGAAAACACCAAGUUGCUUCAGGAGUGAGAAGUCGUUUCCUGUAAUCUACCAGAGCAAUUCCAAUGCCUGGAUAACUUGGAGUUUGUUUAGAAACUGGAUUCUGGAGAUGGACAAAACAUUUCAAGAGCAGCAACGAAAUGUUCUUUUAUUUGUUAGUGACUGUACAGGUCAUGCGAAGUCGUUACAGACGGAAUUGGCUGCGAUCAAUUUGCAGUUUUUGCCAAAAGAAGAUUCUCCAUUACGGCAGCCUAUUCGAAUUUUGAAAAAAUAUUACCGACGGUCAUUGUGGAAGUUAUGGACAGAUAAUUCCGAAGAAAUAUCGGUUCAUCCGGAUAUAACGACAUUGGAUAGUAUCAACAUUCUGACUGAAGCGUGGAGUACCCGUAUCAAACCAGAAACAAUCAAUGCCUGCUUCAAAAAUGCAGGUUUUUCAUUCAGUGACGAUGAGGAGGAUCCCUUAGCUAUUUAUGAUGUGAAUACGCGCGAUUCAGAAAUCGAGUAUGAAUCAUCCACUUUGUUUACUGAGUAUUGUGCAGUGGACAAACUUGUUACAUACUCUGGCCGUAUGGAAGAUGCAGAUUUCGUAGAUUCGUCGCAAGGAAGUCUCCAAACAUACGAUCUAUCCGAUCGUCGUAAAACAGUCAUUCAAACAGACGAUCAGAAAUUUGUUCCAUCCAAAGGCUGUUCUCAGUCAUUAAACCCAGUGGUACAUUCAACACGAUCAAAAGGAAAUUCUCGCAGAAAACGUAUUCGUAAAUGUUUCAUUAGUAAGUUGGACCUUGCUUUGAUACUUUACAUCCGUAGCAGCAGGGACAACCGCGUUUGGAUAUCACGGAAACAGGUAAGGCGAAAAGCCCUGGAAUACGCAGAAUAUUUAGGAAUUGACAACUUCAAAGCAAGCCACGGGUGGAGUAAGUGCUUUUUCAAAAGAUGUAAUAUAAACUUUGAUAAACUACCAGAUGAAAAUGAUAGCCAAGAAGACGACAGCAUAGAGUCCAUAUCGCGGCUUGUGUGGCAAUACAAUAUAAGCGACGUUUUUAGCGGGGUCGAGACGGGCCUAUUUUACAAAUGCUUACCCAACGAAAGCAAACAUUUUCAUGGUAGAAGAUGCAAAGACGGAAAUCUUCCCGAACAACGUUUAACAAUCAUGUGCAUAACUAACAUGAAUGGCUCAGAAAAAUUACCGCUUCUCGUGGUCGGAAACGACAAAAGCGUCAAAUGCUUCAGUGAUGUCGACUUGUUGCCCGUAAUCUACCGGUGCAAUUCAAAAUCUUGGAUGACCUGGGUUCUAUUCCGAGAUUGGAUGCUAAUCCUUGAUAGGAAGUUUGCGGCAGAGCAACGGAAUGUACUGCUAUUCGUCGAGGAGAGUAGCAUACAUCCAAAGUCACUACAAGCGGAACUGAAAGCGAUAAACCUGCAUUUUUUGCCAGCAAAUAAUUCUGCGCUCAGAUUACCAAUCAAAUUCGAUGUUAUUCAACUUCUCAAAAAGCAUUAUCGUCAGAAGCUAACGAAGUUUGUGGCACAACGAAAUGGAAACGAAACGCCUUCUUCGGAGCCUACUGUGACGGAUUCGAUCAGUGUUCUUCAACACGUUUGGAACAAUCUUCCAUCUAAAACAAUUCAAAAUAGUUUCAAAGUAGCUGGAUUUCCCAUCAAUGACGAGGAUCCCUUAGCCGGUUUAUCGGAUGUCAACGAAACUGAUACUAGCGGAUCAGAAAACGAUUCUAGUUCGGUUAAGUUAUCUACAGAAGUGAACGAAGUGGACUAUAAUCUGCGGACUCACGGGCCUAUAAGUGAGUCAGAUAUUUUAGAGGGUGUUCAACAAAACGCAAAUUAAGAGCCAAAAGAGAAUUACCUAAUAUUAAAU